AGAGAGAGAGAGAGACGAGGGGUUCUAUGGUGUGGCGGUGAAGCGUUGUUUUCUGUUGCCUUGUGCCGUUUACAUGUGUGAGGGAGAGCAGAGGGGGAAACCGAUAUCCGUGUUUUAAGGAGGUGGUGGCACCGAAAGCGACAGACACAAAUGGAACCUAGGGGAAUGUGAUGUCUUGCGUUUGCUUUCGGCGAUGAUGAGGCUCUGCUUCUCAGUUCUGUGAAGGCCAACCUGGGGAUAGAAGGCCUUCCUCUGUUCCUGCCUCCCCUCUUGCCCCUCCCCCCUCAAACCCUUAGCCACACCCACUCACCCUUUUACCCAUCACUUGUGGGCCCUUCUUUGCUUUUCCUGUCACGUGAAUCCUUUCCCAACAGCGCUUAACUCCACAUCCUAGCGCACUCCUAAUGCACCCUAAAAUCUUAAGCCAGAGCCGUCAUUCAGCCAGGGUCUCUGUUUCCAGCUCCUGUUUCUCACUCUUUAAAAGAAAAGAUCUCUGACAGAUAUACCUCGGCAGUUAAUUAAAAAACCAUUUAAUUGUUAAAUGGUUUUAAGAACAUAUUUGUAUGGAUUUUAUGCAUUAAGGUGCACAAAUGGACAGCUGAUCAGGGCUACCGAGUGUAUGCGCCUCUGUAUUUGUUGAAGCAGACCCACAUCGAUAGGCUGAGCUGAGAGGAGGGAGCGGCCCCAGGUUACUAACUAAAUCUUCCACAAGCUCCAGCCCUGUAAAUCAGAAAUCAAGAGCAAAAUAGUGAAUUACAGUGGGUUAUGAACAGGCAGACAUGUAGGAAGUUAAUGGAUCGCCAGUGUAAAGAGCUCACUACCGUGUAAGAUUGAUCUGUCCUCUUAAAGUUCAGAUUAAUUCGCCUCUGCUUUGCACUCACUGACAGCCAGGAAAAACAAACAGGGACGGACAGAACGUACGCAUAGACAGACGCACACAUACUCACCUCCACACACGCGGUGUACUGUGGGGGCGCUAGAGUGCACGGGGACCCACAGAAGGAGACACUCCCACUGAGGCCGGCCUCAAGAUGAUGUGCGAGGUGAUGCCUACCAUCUCUGAGGAUGGUAGAGGCGGGUCUGGAGGGGGUCCCUCCUCCCCUGCGGGGGGCGGGGGCGGUGGCGGAAUGGGCGGGGUCGGAGGCGGAUACGGAGGCCGGGAGUCGAGAGGCGACGAGGGGGGGAGCACGGGAAACCUGGAGUCCCUGAUGGUGAACAUGCUGACGGAGAGGGAGCGCCUACUGGAGAGCCUGCGGGAGACCCAGGACAGCCUGGGAACAGCCCAGCUGAGGCUGAGGGAGUUGGGGCACGAGAAGGAGUCCUUGCAGAGACAGCUGUCCAUCGCCCUGCCACAGGAGUUCGCGGUCCUGACCAAAGAGCUGAACGUAUGCAGGGAGCAGCUGCUGGAGAGAGAGGAAGAGAUCGCUGAGCUGAAGGCCGAGCGGAACAACACACGGCUGCUGCUGGAGCACCUGGAGUGCCUGGUGUCCCGGCACGAGCGCAGUCUGAGGAUGACGGUGGUGAAGAGGCAGGCGCAGUCCCCCGCCGGGGUCUCCAGCGAGGUGGAGGUGCUCAAGGCCCUUAAGUCUCUCUUUGAGCACCACAAGGCCCUGGACGAGAAGGUUCGGGAGAGGCUGCGGGUGGCUCUGGAGAGGGUGGCCGUUUUGGAGGAGGAACUGGAGGCUUCUUCCCAGGAGGUACUCUCUCUAAGAGACCAAAUAAAAAGGCGACAGCAAGGGUUGGAUAAUGGGAAAGAGCGCCUGCCUAAUGGGCCCUCGUCUAUACUGGAUGAUGGAGAGAUUGACAGACAGAGAGAAGGAGAGAUCGAGCGACAGAGAGCAGAACUCUCCCAGCUGAGAGAGAGACUGGCGCUCAUGUGCCGGCAGGUGGGAGAAAUAGAAGAACAGCUUGCUGCAGCCAGAAGAGAGGUGACAAAAUCUGAAGAAGCCAACCAGAAACUACAGAGGGACGUGAAGGAGGCUCUCUGUCAGAGGGAGGACAUGGAGGAGCGAAUAACGACAUUAGAGCGCAGGUAUCUCAGUGCGCAGAGAGAGGCCACCUCUCUCCACGACAUAAAAGACAAGCUGGAGAACGAACUGGCGAGCAAGGAGUCUCUCUACAGACAGAGUGAGGAGAAGAACAGGCAGCUGCAGGAGAGGCUGGAUGACGCCAAGCAGAAGCUGCAGCAGACCCUGCAGAGAGCGGAGACGCUGCCUGAGAUCGAGGCCCAGCUCGCCCAGAGAGUGGCCGCACUCAACAAGGCUGAGGAACGCCAUGGCAACUUUGAGGAGCGAUUGCGACAGAUGGAAGCGCAAUUGGAGGAAAAAAAUCAGGAGCUACAGAGGGCAAGGCAAAGGGAGAGAAUGAACGAUGAACACAACAAACGACUCUCUGACACAGUGGACAAGCUCCUCUCAGAGUCCAACGAGCGACUCCAGCUCCACCUGAAGGAGAGAAUGGCAGCCCUGGAGGAAAAGAAUACUCUUUCAGAGGAACUGGCAAACAUGAAGAAAAUACAAGAUGAUCUUCUAGCAAACAAGGACCAGCUGAUUGCUGAGCUGGAAAGACUUCAGCUGGAGCUAGAUCAGCUAAGAGGGAGGCCUGGCUCCUCCUACUCCAGGUCUCUUCCAGGAAGUGCGUUAGAGCUCAGAUACUCCCAAGGGGGCGGGUCCCUCCCAGCUGGCUCCACCACACACCUGGAUCACUAUGGCAACGCAGCCCCAGGAGGCGUGGUCAGGCGGACUCACCGCGGGCGAUGGGGGCCCGCCCGGGAGGACACCAGCAAGUACGGGGAGUGGGACAGCGGCACCCUGCUGGCUCCUGGCUUUGAGGGGGGUGUGGAGGGCGGCUGCUCUGACGAGGAGGAGGAGGACAGAGAGACGCUGUUCGGCUCUGAGCUCCUGUCCCCCAGCGGUCAGACGGAUGUACAGACCCUGGCCAUCAUGCUGCAGGAGCAGCUGGAGGCCAUCAAUAAGGAGAUCAAGCUGAUCCAGGAGGAGAAGGAAAGCACAGAGCUGAGGGCGGAGGAGAUCGAGAGUCGGGUCAGCAGCGUGGCCCUGGAUGGCCCCCCGCUCCCCCCGUCCUCUCUGGGUGGGGGUAGGGACGGAACGGGGAGGGGCUUCAUCCCUCAGUCACUCACGUCCUCCACCCUGGCCUCCCCCUCUCCCCCCAGCUCUGGGCACACCACCCCUCGCCUCCCCCACUCCCCUGCCCGCGAAACUGACAAACAGAACAAUAAAGAGGAUGAGAGGUCUCUGGCCCUGCUGGACUCCACCCCUCCUCCUACCCCUCGUGCCCUACGAUUGGACAGAAUGACCCACACACACCCAGGGGCCAUGCUCGACGACAGCCGUGAAUUCCGCAGUCUCUCGGCAGACGGUAGUGCCACCAACAGCAGCCAGGACUCCCUUCACAAAGCCAGCAAGAAGAAAAGCAUCAAGUCUUCCAUCGGCCGGCUCUUUGGCAAAAAGGAGAAGGGGAGGAUGGGCCAGCCAGGACGGGAGUCUGCCUCUCUUGCCUCCACACCCUCUGAGGACCUGGGCUCUGCAGACCCUCUAGGCCUCACCAAGCUCACCGGCCCAGUGGACAAGGACCGCCGCAGCAAGAAGAAGCACGAACUGCUGGAGGAGGCAUGUCGCCAGGGUCUCCCCUUUGCAUCGUGGGAUGGACCCACUGUUGUUUCCUGGCUCGAGCUGUGGGUGGGCAUGCCGGCGUGGUACGUGGCGGCGUGCCGGGCGAACGUGAAGAGCGGCGCCAUCAUGGCCAACCUGUCGGACACGGAGAUCCAGCGGGAGAUCGGCAUCAGCAACCCGCUGCACCGCCUCAAGCUGCGCCUCGCCAUCCAGGAGAUGGUGUCCCUGACCAGCCCCUCCGCCCCCGCCAGCACACGCUCCUCGACCAGUAACGUGUGGAUGACACACGCGGAGAUGGAGUCCUUGGCAGCAGCCACCAAACCUGAGCUGAAAGAGAUUAGCUGGGAUCAGAUCCUGGCCUAUGGGGACAUGAACCAUGAGUGGGUGGGUAACGAGUGGCUGCCCAGCCUGGGCCUGCCCCAGUACCGCAGCUACUUCAUGGAGUCCCUGGUGGACGCCCGCAUGCUGGACCACCUGACCAAGAAAGAGCUGCGGGGGCAGCUGAAGAUGGUGGACAGCUUCCACAGGGUCAGUCUGCAUUACGGCAUCAUGUGUCUGAAGCGCUUAAACUACGACAGAAAAGAGCUGGAGAGGAGGAGAGAUGAGAGUCAGCACCAGAACAAAGAUGUAAUGGUGUGGUCCAACGAGCGCGUGAUGUGCUGGGUGCAGUCGGUGGGCCUGAAGGAGUACGCCGACAACCUGACGGAGAGCGGGGUCCACGGGGCCCUCCUGGCGCUGGACGACACCUUCGACUACACCGACCUGGCGCUGCUACUGCAGAUCCCCAACCAGAACACACAGGCCAGGCAGCUCCUGGAGAAAGAGUACAAUGCUCUCAUCGCCAUGGGAACAGAGAGAAGGCCAGAUGAGGACGGCACAAAGACCUUCACUCGAUCACCGUCAUGGAGGAAGAUGUUCAGAGAGAAAGACCUGAGGGGUGUCACCUCUGACUCGUCCGAAACUCUACCCGCCAAUUUCCGUGCCUCGGCCAUCUCCACACCCUCGGUGACACUGAGGAAGGUCCAGAGCGAGGUGAACUCUGGAUCCAGAGGAGAGUCGGGGUCAGUGAGGACAUAUUCCUGCUGAGAGACGCACUGGGGAGCCACUUCGUGUCAUGUCUGGAUUUUGGUUUCAUUCAUUUGGAAAUAAAAUGGAGAAACACUGACAAAAAAAAAUGAUAAUAUAGAUAUAUUUGACAAUUCUGCAAUAAAAGAGGGAGGGUGAGGUCAACUGAUGGGAAUGGAGGGAAGAAUACAGGAUAUGGGGGAGGCGAAGAAUGUAUGGAAUUCUGUCGAGGGGGAAGAGAAGGGGCGGAAUGUAGAGGAGGCAGAGGAGCGUCCCUUUAUCUGUCCCUCUUUCUCUCUGUCUUGAGCUGCGACUGUUUCAUAAAGCCACAUGCUGCUCGGAAAAAAAACCCCUCUGUGGCUUCAUCUGUGCGGAGCGGUCUCUGGUGCUGCCAUGAGUUUGCCCGGUUCUUCAUUCAGCAGCAUGGGAAUGUAGAAGGGAGGGGAGAGCAGCGACACAGUGCGCGUGCAUGCCAGCACACUGUGCCAGCUCACUAUGGCUCGGUCUCAGGCAAUAGCUUGACAGUGAGUAAGAGCCGAAACCCUCUAUGAAUGCUGCAUUGGCAGAUUCAAAAGAUACCCCCCCGGAAUCAAAAGAGGAAAGAUAAAUAGACAGUGUGACAGGGAAAGAAUGAUGGUGCACUGAUAAAGAGAUUGACUUCAUGCACGCAAGCCAUAAUAGGAACAAAGACAGAGAGAGAGAGACAGGAGAGAGAGAAAGGGAGACGUGUAAAAAAGAGAGCAAGGGGACACAGGAGCAAGAGAGGAGAGUGGAAAGGUCUGACUUCUGUGUUACUGCAUGACAAACAACAAAGACGACAGUCAAGUAAUUAUUACAGAGAGAAGUUAACAUGAAAUCAGAUAAUAAAAAAUAUAUUCAAUGAGGAUGAGAGCUUGGGGGAAACUUUUGUAAAAUGUGUGUACUUUCAUUUUUAUUUUUUUGAUUUUUAUGAUAACUGAUUAUUUUCUUUCUGUAUGUAUUGAAUAACUGUAUGUACAUGUUCAUUUAUUACUUCAUUCUGACUGACUGUAAUUUAAUUUAUCUAGUUAAAAAAGUAAAUAUGAUACAUUUUAAAAAUGGACAUUAAAAAUAUGCUACUUGUAUGUGUACAUUUUGAGAACAAAUUGUGUUAUGAUUCAGAGAAAAUCUUAUUAAUGACGGCGAUAAAAGUAAUAAAAAUG